AUGCCUUACAACUGCUGCCUGCCCAGCCUCAGCUGCCGCUCCGGCUGCCCCUCCCGGCCCUGCGUGGCCCCCAGCUGCCACAACAUCCCCCUGCCCGGGGCCUGCAACAUCCCCGCCAACGUGGGCAACUGCGGCUGGUUCUGCGAGGGCUCCUUCAAUGGCAGCGAGAAGGAGACCAUGCAGUUCCUCAACGACCGCCUGGCCAGCUACCUGGAGAAGGUGCGGCAGCUGGAGCGGGAGAAUGCGGAGCUGGAGAGCCUCAUCCAGGAGCGGUGCCAGCCCCAGGAGCCCCUGAUGUGCCCCAGCUACCAGUCCUACUUCCGGACCAUCGAGGAGCUGCAGCAGAAGAUCCUGUGCAGCAAGUCUGAGAACGCCAGGCUGGUGGUGCAGAUUGACAACGCCAAGCUGGCCGCGGAUGACUUCAGGACCAAGUACGAGACGGAGCUGGGCCUGCGGCAGCUGGUGGAGUCGGACAUGAAUGGCCUGCGCAGGAUCCUGGACGAGCUGACCCUGUGCAAGGCCGACCUGGAGGCCCAGGUGGAGUCCCUGAAGGAGGAGCUGCUCUGUCUCAAGAGGAACCACGAGGAGGAAGUCAACACCCUGCGCUGCCAGAUCGGAGACCGCCUCAACGUGGAGGUGGACGCCGCCCCCACCGUGGACCUGAACCGCGUGCUCAACGAGACCAGGUGCCAGUACGAGGCCCUGGUGGAGACCAACCGCAGGGACGUGGAGGAAUGGUACACCAACCAGACCCAGGAGCUGAACAAGCAGGUGGUGUCCAGCUCAGAGCAGCUGCAGACCUGCCAGGCGGAGAUCAUCGAGCUGAGACGCACAGUCAACGCCCUGGAGAUCGAGCUGCAGGCCCAGCACAACCUGAGAGACUCCCUGGAGAACACGCUGACGGAGACGGAGGCCCGCUACAGCUCCCAGCUGGCCCAGGUGCAGUGCAUGAUCACCAACGUGGAGUCCCAGCUGGCCGAGAUCCGGGGCGACCUGGAGCGGCAGAACCAGGAGUACCAGGUGCUGCUGGACGUCCGGGCCCGGCUGGAGUGUGAGAUCAACACGUACCGGGGCCUGCUGGAGAGCGAGGACUGCAAGUGAGUACCUGGCUGGGAGUGUUUGAUGAAGCCGUGCACAGGCACAAGCAUACUUCUCGGUCAGACUCCAGGAAAAGAUUG